UUGGUAUAACGGACUCUUUGUUUUUCCCGGAGAUCUAUGUUGCUUUGGAGAAAAGUGUCUCUAAAUGAAUAAAUGUAAAUGAUGGAGACUCUGCUGCCAUUGCGUGAAGUCAGUGAAUGAUGUCAAAGAAAGGAAAAUUAUGUUUCGCAUCUGUCUCAGUUCUGAACGAUGGCGAUAAUGCGCCAAGCUGUGUAGCUUCGUAUACUGUGCCAUGAAAAAGUUCGGCAAACCUCUUAUUUUCUAGAUUAUUGAACAAUUUUUUUUUUUUUUUUAACCGAUUUGGUCAGAAUUCCAACCAAACGGAUAAAAGAAGCCCUUGUAUGCAAUGGGAAAAAAAACUUAUUUUUUCUACAGCCAUACCAAAGCACCACCAAAUUCUUUCUUUAGUAUGAAAUGGUUAUUUCCCCUUUACAGGUAGUAGCUAUUUGCACCACCUUUAGCUGCAGUGAAACACUUGCUACAGCUGUUGACCAGGUUGGAGGAAUUGCAACCCACUGCUCCUUAAAAACAGCUUUAGGGCUCAAAAUGCUCGGGUUCGAGAGGGAGGGACUGGGAGAAAGGAAUCCAGUCCACUGCGACGCUCUGUUUCUGUCCAAAAAACACCAGCUGUUGCCUCCCGCCCAGCCCGCAAAGCUGUCCAGCAUUUUCUGGCAUUUACGUUUAUUAAUUUAACAAAUUCCCUUCUCCAAAGUGAUGUUCAACACAGUAAACAAAAACGCUUUUCACCAACAGAGAGACUCAGACCUGUGAUUCUCAAAUUAAAGUCACUUAGUCCAAUAGCACUGUUUUUGCCUGCAUACAUUAUACAAGUAUCUGCAUAUAGAAUCAAUGAGGAGCCCCUACUGCCCCAUAAUUUACAAGCUUUUCCGGUAGCAAACCAUCUCUUGGUUCCAAUGAAGUGUGUAAUUAAGGGAGCUGCUGUACUGUAAUCGGUGGUUGUGAUUGGUUGAGAUUUUGCAUGUGGAAGUAAGUGCUUAUUAUAUACAAUUGUUGGUUUUGUCAUCGAAGAAGUGUGAUAGUGUGAAACUGUACAAUGUCUAUAUUAAAGGAGAGGAGUCCAUCCAUCACCACUGAAACCCUACUUGCACAUCAGAGGUCAUUAUUAUCAGGGUAAUGUGGAGAUUAAUGCAGUACCUUUAGACAGAAAGUAGCCAGGCAUGUACCCCUGAGUAACAGGAACCUUUUGAGUUUGAGCCACCAAGAUUGUCACUCAGAAUGUCUGAUACAAGCAUCUGGUAAAAGAUAUUGUGCAGAAUGAAGUACCUGUUGUGGAAGUAAAAUGACAGAAUGAAUAAAACUGCUGUUGUACUGAACCAUAAAUGCAGAACAAUGGCAUUUUUCAUUGUAUGUCACACUGUUCUGUUAGGGCUGAGUGUAUCCUCCCAGCUUGUUUCAGUGUUCUAUCUGUGAAAUAACUACAGCAGCUAUUACUAAAAAGUGACUGACAUUAUUUGUUUUUCUGGAUUAAAUGGUUGGCAGAGAAAAGAGGUGUUGUUCUGAAUUCCUCCUUACAGCUGAGCAUGUCAUUGACCAGGCAUUUGACACACACCUCCACACCGUGGCCCUGGAGGACCUGGUCCUCUGCGGCUUUCCCUCCCGCCGCUGCUAGUCGCGCUGAAUGGAUUUGCUGGCAAAUGCCUGGAAUCGCAGGCCAUGAGGGCACAAACAGGCUUUGUGAGCGCACGUGUUUGUGUGCCAGUCGCGUAGCUCCGCUCCCGCUCACCCCGGCCUCUGUUUGCUUUACGUGGGAGCUGCUGCGUCGUUGGCGCGUGCCGUCUGCUCGGCACACAAGGGCCAGCUUUUGCAGCAGCCCCCAGGAAUGCGGACGCGCUGUGGAAGUUGUUGGGGGAGCGGAACAGCUCCCACCUUUGUUUGCAUUGUGCUCGGGUUCAUAGCGGCAAUCGAUAAGGUCACGGGAGGAAUUUGAGAUGCAUGUGGGAGCUCUUCCGGCAUGAUUCCUACAGGCAGAAAGCAAGCAUCCAUGACACCCACAGGUGGGAAGCCACGGCAGGAUGAUCAGACAGAGACGGGGGCACUUGGGCCUGCUUCUGCUGGCUUCGCAGGUCUUCCAGGUGGGGCUGGACAACAUCCCCCCCGUAACACUGGCUGUGCUUGCACUGAAUGUGUACCUCUACUUGGUCCCCUUGGGGUCAUCGUCACAGGCCUGCAUCAGCGUGGAGCAGGCCUACUGGCGGGGGGAUUGGCGGCGUUUGCUGCUUUCCCCCCUGCACCAUGUGGAUGAUUGGCACCUCUACGUUAAUAUGGCCUCACUUCUGUGGAAGGGUGUGCACCUGGAGCGCCGGCUGGGUGGGCACUGGUUCGCCUACCUGAUCGUCACGUUCUCCUUGCUCACUGGGGUGGUCUACCUGCUGUUGGCUCUGUGCCUGUCUGAGCUCACCCAGGACUACUUCUACAGCAUGCAGUGCGCUGUUGGCUUUUCAGGAGUGCUCUUUGCCUUGAAAGUGGUCAAUAACCAUUACAACCCAGGUGGAGUGACGUACGUCAUGAACAUACCUGUAUCCAAUAAGUUUGCCUGUUGGGUCGAGUUGGUCGCCAUCCAUGUUUUGUCUCCUGGUACAUCUUUCCUUGGACACCUGGCGGGCAUCCUGGUGGGACUGCUCUAUGUGAAGGGGCCUCUGAAGAUCGUCAUGAAGAAAUGUGCAGGUUUUCUGACGUCACAUGGGUACAGUUCAAGACAGCAGAAUUACAGUUUCUCAGGAUAUAGCGGCUAUUACACUCACAACCAGCCAAGCUCCAGGCUCCAUCAGUACACUGCUGGACUGUCUGAGGAGCAGCAGUAUGAGGCCGCCAUUAGGGCCAGUCUCAACAACACAGGACUCCUUUCUCGAUUGUCACCUGCAGGAGGCACCACUCAGAGACCACAUGAAUUUAACACCCCUGCUGGGCCAGACGCUGCAGAGGAGCUCCGACAGCGGCGACUGCGGAGGUUUCAGUGAUCAGUGAGCGUCACCUGGCGGCAGAAAACAGCAAAACGACACCGCCAUUGGGGAAAUGUCUGGCCUUCAGAUGGCCAUGGGAAUGUUACCAGAAGACUGCUCGCAUACAGGAUGUGCCACUGAAGGCCAACAUAGUGUUGCUGGACUGAUGUUUACAUUUGCUUUCUUUUGAGUGGAAUGAUUAAUAUCAGUGGUGCCUUAAU